AGCGCGCUCUGACGUCAGAACGACAUUCCCCAGCACUUCCGCGUUUGAAAUUGCGUCAUUACCCUGCGACACCUGAAUCCGCGACGAUAAAGCGGAGGCUUGUUAAGGUUUGUUUACUAAUGCGUUUGCGCAGAAUAAACAUUGCGAGACUCUACAUUUUUUGCAGUGUAUUCUUAUUUAAUUCGUUCCCCGUGUCGACGAAAAUGAAAUGCCAGCUUUUAAACUGACUUCUCAAGCUGGAGAACAAAUAUUUGGGAAACGAAAAAAAAAAAAGCUAACGCUGAUCUAGCAGUGUGAGAAGUGGCGGAGCUAGGAAGGUUAUCAUCACCGCUGAAAAACAGGACAGGAACCAUGGCUUUAGAUGGGAUCAGCGUGUCGUUCCUGAAGUACGAGCUCGCCUCUACGAUCGACCAGGCGGUGAGGUGCGCAGUGGACACGGUGUUGAAGGAAACGGCGCGGAUUGUCGGCGCGAGGCUGACCGAAGCGCGUGACGCCGCGGCGGAGUCCCGGCGCGAGAACCGGACCCUGCGGGAGAGGCUCGAUGUGUCCGAGAGCGAGCUGAAGGCGGUGCGGUACUACAUGUCCGCCGCCGAGAAGAACAUCAAGCAAUGCUUGCUGUUAAACCGAAACCGACCGCCGUCCAUCGGCGCCGAGGACCUCCACUUUUCCUCAGACGCGACCCCAGAACGCAGAGAACCGUCCCAUCUCAAAGCCUUCAGGAGCUCCUCUGGAAGGAGUCACGGCGCUAAAACCGUGCCCAGUGUUGGCCUGUGUUUACCCACAGUGCAGUCCGACUGGCCCCGCAGCGUUAUAAACCGACGGAGGGUGCGCGUGAGCAGCGACACCUCGAGCCGAGCCGCGAUGGAGUCUGGCUCGGUGCAGGCCAGAACCGAAGAACCCGCAGAAGACCAGUUUUACAUCUCAGAGGAAGGAGUGAUCGAUAAGGGGUACAAGUCCUCUGCUGGUGCAGUGCAGGAGUAUGAGAGAGUGCAUCAGGAGGAACAAAACGCAGCGGGUUUGUCGGCGAAGGCCCCCGAUGAGCCGUGCGACAUCGGCAGGUUCGAGUUCGAGAUGGGCGCUCCGGCGGGUAACGUCAGUGAGCUGAGCCUCAUUCAGGUGAUGGAUGCUGGCGAGGAGAUCAAGCAGAACUCUGUGAAAGUCGAAGACGAAGCUGACGUUCAUCAUUUAGACCCACCGCCUAUAGCUGCGGCUUCGUCUUCCUGUUCAAACGCUCAACCGCAGAUCAUCUCGCCUCCCGUGUCUGCCGGCGACGCGGAGGCACCGCCGGGUCUGAUGCCCCCCGUCGAGGCGACUGACAAAGUGCACCGCUGCAACGUCUGCGGCCGAGGCUUCCGGCGCUUCUACUGCCUGAAGACGCACCAGCGCAUCCACACGGGCGAGCGGCCGUACCCCUGCCGCUACUGCGAGAAGCGUUUCCGCCACUUGGACAGUCUGCACAAGCACCAGCGCAUCCACACGGGUGAGCGGCCGUACCGCUGCGCCCAGUGCGGCUGCUGCUUCCGCGAGCUGGGCCAGCUCAAGAAACACCGGCUCAAGCACUCGCCCACCUCUGCUGCUCCGCCCGCCCACCCUGCGCUCUCUCUCCUCCCGGCUGCAGCCUCCUACACCUGGCCACACCUCAACUCCCAGUCUCUGGAUCUGGUCUGAGUGCUCCAGCCUCCUGAACCACACGAACCGCACAAGCACGAGCCUAUGACGUGCCCGAGUUCAAAAGUUUAAUCUGCCGCAAACAAGUAGUAGUAGCCAUGAAUGUUCAGUCUCAUUUAAAGCUGUCGUAUUAUAAGGCAACACUCAAACAAAGCCAGAGGUGCCUACAUCUAUAGUUUAACAGUAGCAUUUAAGAAAUUUUGUUUUUUUGCUAGGAUGAUAUGGGAGACACUUGAAAACUACUCUUUUUCUAUUGUUGUUGUUUUUAUUUUCCUUCUUCUUCAGAUUAAACAGUGGUCAGAAUAAACAUGAGUAAAAUUCACCCAGCAGAAAAGCCGGUUCACUGAAGGGGAAAGGGCACGAGACACGAAAGACACCAUUACAUCUGGUUGCUUUCGCUUCGCACCAAUCAAACCCCAGCUUUCCUGUGAGCCAGUAGAAGUGGGUGGGAUUUAAAAUUAGCUGACUGCACCUUUAAGCAGUGAAACUACAUGAAUAAUGUAUAUAAACUUAGUCUACUGUGAACACAGACGUCAGAAGAUUAAACCGAACUGUAUUUACGGAUGUGCACGAGCAUUUUAGUACCUUCGUGGAGCAAGACAACGCAAAUAAAAAAUGGUAGCGCGUUCAUUUUACAGCGAUUCAUAAAAUAUACUGAUUGUAGCUUUAAUGUACUGUGUGGUAUGCUUGAAAUGCUGAUAUUAUUAAAAUCUCUGUUUGCACUCGA